AGUAUUACUCGGCAGAAUACUUUUGACAGCUACAAAGCUGCAUUGAAAACACGGUUUUAAAGCAGUCCAACUAAGAAAUAUUAAAUUAUCGCGAAAAGUACACCGUCUACAAACAUCUAAACAUGGUUGUCGAAGUCGCCGACGUCGAAAUGAAGAACGCGGAUAGUCCGGCCGCUGCGGACACCACUGAACCGAAGAAAGACGUCGAUGCACAGAGCACCAUCGAAAUCCGUGAACAGGCAAGGCAAAUUGAGAAAGCUAUCGCCAACAAGGAGAAUCGUUUUAUUCUGCGUGUCUUGCGAGGUCUGCCUGCUACUCGCCGAAAACUGAACGGUACUGUACUCAGAAAUUUGAUAACUCAAAUCUAUCCAGUCACUGAGAGGGAUUUACUCUUGCAAUUUGUUGAGGAGCCAUCAACCUCAUCUGAAUCUACUGAACAAACCACCAGAGUACGUUCGGCUGUGAAAACGCCAGUCUCUGAAGUAGAUGCCUACAUUCAUCUGCUUAUUUUGGUCAGAUUAAUUGACACAAACAAGUUGGAAACUGCAUGGAGAUGCACAGACAACUUGAUGACCAAAAUCAGCACUCAGAACAGGAGGACUCUGGAUCACAUUGCUGCAAAAUGCUAUUUUUAUCACUCAAGAGUUGCUGAACUCACUAAUAAACUGGAUUCAAUCCGUUCGUUUUUGCACGCUCGCUUGAGAACCGCGACGCUUCGCAACGAUUGAGGACAAGCGGUUCUAAUCAACUGUUUGCUGAGAAACUACCUUCAUUACUAUCUCUAUGACCAAUCUGACAAACUGGUUAGCAAGUGUGUAUUCCCAGAAACAGCUAGCAACAAUGAAUGGGCCAGAUUCUUAUACUAUCUUGGCAGAAUCAAGGCAGCAAGACUUGAAUACAGCUUGGCACACAAACAUUUAGUGCAAGCCAUGCGCAAAGCACCGCAAAAUGCAGCCGUGGGUUUCCGUCAGACAGUACAGAAAUUCCUCAUCGUUGUGGAACUCCUUCUGGGUGAUAUCCCCGAGAGGCAAAUCUUUAGACAAGCAUCAAUGCGCAGAUCACUUGCGCCUUACUUCCAACUUACUCAGGCGGUACGCAUGGGAAAUCUUCAACGUUUCGGCGAAGUUUUAGAAAACUUCAGCCCGCAAUUCAGACAGGAUCACACUUUUACUCUGAUCCUGCGUUUGAGACACAACGUCAUCAAAACCGCCAUCCGCGCAAUUGGCUUGUCUUAUUCACGAAUUUCACCGCAAGAUAUCGCUAAGAAAUUAGGAUUAGAUUCGGCUGAAGAUGCUGAAUUUAUCGUAGCGAAAGCUAUUCGCGAUGGUGUUAUUGAAGCCACCUUAGAUCCAGAGGGUGGAUUCAUGCGCAGCAAGGAAAGUACCGAUAUUUAUUGCACAAAAGAACCGCAAGCGGCUUUCCAUCAACGUAUUUCAUUCUGUUUGGAUUUGCACAAUCAAAGUGUGAAGGCAAUGAGAUACCCGCCGAAAGCAUACGGUAAAGAGCUGGAAUCUGCCGAAGAACGUCGCGAACGUGAACAGCAGGACCUCGAGCUUGCUAAGGAAAUGGCGGAAGAGGACGACGAUGGUUUCCCUAGUUUACUACCAUGUUUUAAAUUUAAUCUUGAUAAAUAUCGAUGAAUACACUAACCUUUUUCAUGAUUUCAAUAAUUUGUAUCGGUAUAAUAAUAAAAAUCACUUAUAAUUAA